GCCUUUAGAUCUCAACGUCACCAACCGCCUCUUAGGAAGUUGAUAAGCUCGAUCCAGUCAUUUUUAUCCGUUAUUCACCGGCUGUUCUCUUCCAACCAAUACUCAUUAAGGUUUGGACGGGCCAACGCAGUCUAUGCUGCCACCUUCUUGUGUAUUUGUUCCUCCAGCCUGAACCUGUAAUUAUGGGAUGCAACACAAGGAAAUCGCUGUACUUAACUCAGCCCAAUGGCCGGCAUUCGGCUGAUCGAACCGAAAGAUAUGACGUCCUGUAUGUCCUUUGACAAGAAACGCGAUGUGGAAUCCAUGCUGCUCAUACAAUAUGACUGUAAGUUGAUUAUGCUUAAUUCGUGACGAACACGUUGCCGGGUCUUUCCCCCGUGACUCUGUACUUGAUAGCCUUAGCAGUUGGAACACCCAAUUGUAUGACAGCUGAAAACCGGCUAUGUAUCUCGAGGUUCAUAUUCACCGCGGGAGACCGGGAAUUGCUAGCGGUCAGUGUCUCUUGGAUCCAAGCCUAUUGGCCACGGCACACGCGGAGAACUGGUGAACGAUAGAAGUACGGGACCUCGGUCAUUGUGCUGGAUUCCCAGGAGUGCCCGAUCCGGAUGCAAAACCGCUGUAAUGCCCGAGAACAAUACUCCCUACAGAGGAUCCGAACUUCUUCUUCGAUGUCCACCUGAGCGCAGCAGGAUGUCAUUGGCCAGGAGACGAGUGGAGUUUGGUGGUCUUCUCCUUCUCCCUAUUUUCGUCCGUUCGACUACUUACUAUGACAUGGGCGGCAAGGCAAGUCUGAUAUCGAACCUGUGACUCCUCAUCCGUCAGUUGGAAUCCUGGUGGGACGUACUGUAUAUAACAAUAGUGCUAUCCGUCUCACCACCCAUAAUUCGGCCUUGGCUUGCACAGUGCAAGUAUGAUGAUCGACCUGCUCACCUUGCUCGCAUUGAUAGGUAACACCAUUGUGGAGUCUUCCGCACAGAAUUCCAGCAUAUCUGCCACAGUCCAACUGGACGAAGCAAUAUUCCACGGGGUUUCUGACGGAGUAGCCAAUCGGUUCUUGGGCAUCCCUUUCGCGAAACCACCAGUUGCAAACCUUCGGUUAAGACCGCCUGUCCCGAACGAUCCAUACGUUGGCAAUAUCUCAGCGACCAGCUUUGGCUCUUUAUGCCCUCAACAGCUCACGAAUAUCACGAUCCCGGAUACUGUAUCUCAAAACGUCUCAAGCAUCAUUACCACUUUCACUGCGCGUUUAUUUGCACCCCGGCCUGGCAGUGAAGAUUGUUUAUUCUUGAAUGUGUGGGCACCAGUGGGCAUCAAUUCGAGUGCUGGAUUGCCCGUUGUUGCAUGGAUACCGGGAGGUGGAUUCGAAACCAGCGGGGCGUCAGAGUUCAACGGUACCGUGAUCGUCCAGCGUUCUUUAGAACUCGGAGAACCAAUCAUCUUUGUUAGUUUAAAUUACCGAUUGAAUGCCUUUGGAUUCCUGCCUGGAAAAGAAGUCAAAGCUGCCGGUAUUGGCAACCUUGGACUCUUGGACCAGCGCCAGGCAUUCCGUUGGAUCCAAACAUACAUCCGCGCCUUCGGUGGUGACCCAACGAAAGUCACUAUAGCGGGUCAGUCUGCCGGUGGCGAGUCGGUCGCGCUUCAACUGCUCGCAUAUGGUGGAAAUACGGAAGGCUUGUUCCGUGGUGCUAUCAUGGAAUCAGGCUCUCCAAUGCCAAUUGGCGACAUCGCAAAUGGGCAGCAGUACUAUGAUGCUCUCGUCGAACAGACCGGCUGCUUUGGUUCAACAGAUACGUUGGAGUGUCUCAGAUGGGCUCCCUUUGAGGAACUGAUGAUUGCUGUGAACUCGUCACCCAGUAUCAUGUCGUAUCAAUCAGUGGUUUUGGCUUGGGUACCACGAGCAGAUGGCCUAUUCUUGCCAGAUACUUUUCAACGAGCAACCAUGAACGGCAAGAUCGCGAACGUCCCGUUCAUGAUCGGGGACGUUGAUGAUGAAGGAACAGUAUUCGCUGUUGCCGCAUUGAACGUUACGACGGACGAAGAAUUCCGAACAUAUGCUUCCGCGAUCUUCUUCCCUAAUGCUUCCGAAUCCGACAUCAAUACGCUGGCAAAACUCUAUCCAGCUGAUCCUGCAGCAGGAUCACCCUUUGACACUGGUCUUGAAGGUGCUUUUACACCUCAGUUCAAGCGUCUCUCUGCCUUGAUCGGAGACCUGAUCUUCCAAGCUCCUCGUCGACUAGUCUCUCAGGUUCGUUCCGAUAAGCAAGAUAUCUGGGCGUAUCUGAUGAAAAGAUCGAAAACGGCCACUCCGUUUGGUUCGGUACACGGAACGGACAUCGGUGUUGUCUUUAGACCUGGAGAUCUGACUGAUAACGUCAUCAACUUCAUAAACCAUCUAGACCCCAACGGCCCUCACUCAACUGAUGGAGAGCUUACCUGGCCAAAAUAUACCAACGACGCCUCACAAUUGCUUACAUUCAUAGACGGACCGAUGCCUCAAAUCAUCACUAAUGACACUUUCCGUCUAGACGCAACCAACUUCUUAACUGGUCUUACAUUGGCUCAUCCUCUGGGUGGACCAUAGAUUGAAUUUACGAUAGGCAUGAUGCAGAGGAUACUGGGAGGAUCCUGCUUGCAUCUUGUUUCAUGAUCUUGAUGGGUUUUGCAUGAGCUUAAUGAUAGAUGAGAUGUAGACGCCAUCCCCUCCAUUGAACGAGAAAUUGGCAUAUGUUUCGGAUCCAAUAGCAUCGAACUGGGCUC